AUGGAGGGCGACCGGAGGUUCCACCUGCAGGGCAACUGCGAGCCGAACGCCAGCUACUACGAGGGCCCGGGGGGGAUGCCCAACGGGCUGUACUACAACGGCUAUGAGGAGGAGCGGGGGGGAAACUUCCCCAUGGGAAGGGGAAGCGGUGUUUACAUGGGGGAGGAAAAGGGCAUGAUGAUGAGGGGGGGCGGUGGUGCUGCUGCUGGUGCUGCUGGUGCUGCUGCUGCUGGUGGUCUGCACGGAGGGAGAACGAUGCACGGGGUGAACGCCCCACCGAACGUACUCUACAGUAGGAACUAUCACAUGAAUAGUAACCCAAAUUACAACGCGGGAAGUUACCCAAGCUAUAACAACGAAUACAGUGAAUACAGUGAAUACAGUGGCGUGAAUUACCAAAUGAUGAGUAGCAGCGGAGGUGGAAACAGCUACGCAGGGAGCAUGAUGAGUAGUGUGCCUCCUCCUAGCCCCUACCCAAGUGAGCAGUACGUGCUUAAUAAGAAGGCGGCAAAAAUUCUGUAUAUACACAAUAUAACGAGCAAGUUAGCGGACGAAAAUUUCAUUUACAGCCUCUGCUUUGUCUAUGGAAAUGUAGAAUCGGUGAGCUACAUGAAGGGGAAGAAUCUGUUCAUUGUGAAAUUCGAGUCGUCCGAUGGUGCCUUCAGUGCGUAUAAGUACCUACCCACUCAUUUUAAAAAUGUCCAUUUGGAGCUGCGAAAUGAGUCGAGGAAAAUAAGCUACUUUAAUGAAAAGGCCAACAGCAAUAAGUACAUCUCUCCAAAUAUUUCGGAAAAGAAAUUCCUUUCACUAAGUUUGGAGAAGAGGGAACAAAUUAUGAGCAUCAAACAGAAGGAGCUGCUUCGCAAAUGCAAAGAGAAACUGAACCAAUACAUUAACAUGUUUAAUAAUAAAAAUAUAACUGAUGAGACGAAGGAGAAGCUCAAGUGUCUGAUUGAUCACUUAAAGACAAGGAUACAGUCACUUAACAAUCAGUGCGAUGGGCACCCUGUGGUGGACUCCCCUAGCGCCACUUCGUUUAAUAACUACGACCGGGGCCCUUCCGGCAACGUCGGCGGGGGGGACCUCUCGGGGGAAGCGGCAGUAGGGGAAGCGGUACGAGGGGGGGCUCCAAUAGGUGGAGCGGUAGGUGGGGUAACUCUCGGAGGGCCUUCUCUCGGAGGGGCGGACCCGAUGAACUCCCCCAGCACAACCAUCAAAAUUAACUCCAUGAAUAACAUUCAGAACAACGAAGAACUGAGCAACUACAUCGCUCAGAAUAACUCCAUUUUCCUGAAUGAGCACAUCUCCUACUUUUCUUUAUUUUCCUUUGGAGAGAGGUACGCCAUCAUCAAGUAUAGCAACGAGAAUAUUGCCCGCAAUGUGUUUAAGAACUGCAGCAUGUGUAACAUAAAUGUGGAGUUCGUGCAGGACGACGCGGAUGGCCAGGUGGCCAGUUGA